AUGGCCAACUCGGGCCUGCAGCUCCUGGGCUACUUCCUGGCGCUGGGCGGCUGGGUGGGCAUCAUCGCCAGCACGGCCCUGCCGCAGUGGAAGCAGUCGUCCUACGCGGGCGACGCCAUCAUCACCGCCGUGGGCCUCUACGAGGGGCUCUGGAUGUCCUGCGCCUCCCAGAGCACCGGGCAGGUGCAGUGCAAGCUCUACGACUCGCUGCUCGCCCUGGAAGGUCACAUCCAGUCCGCAAGAGCCCUCAUGGUGGUGGCUGUGCUCCUGGGCUUCGUGGCCAUGAUCCUCAGUGUCGUUGGCAUGAAGUGCACCCGGGUCGGAGACAGCAACCCCAUCGCCAAGGGCCGCAUAGCUGUCUCUGGGGGGGCCCUCUUCCUGUUGGCAGGCCUCUGCACCUUGACUGCCGUCUCCUGGUAUGCCACCCUGGUGACCCAGGAGUUCUUCAACCCCAGCACACCUGUCAACGCCAGGUACGAGUUCGGCCCAGCCUUGUUCGUGGGCUGGGCUGCCGCCGGCCUGGCCAUGCUGGGUGGUUCCUUCCUUUGCUGCACGUGCCCUGAGCCUGAGAGAGUCAACAGCAGCCCACAGCCCUACCGGCCGGGCCCCUCCACCACAGCCAGAGAACCAAUUCUUAAACUGUCUGCCUCCUCCAAGGCCCCCCUGGGCGUGUAA